UGACGUCACGGCUGGCCAACCCGGAUGUGACGGCCGCUGACCACUCGCGCAGAAAUUGCUGCAUUCGGCGGUGUUUUCCUGUGGAAUCUGUCCAGUUCCAACGGAAGAUUCCUCGAUGAGACAUUGGCGUUCCUUUUCCCAGCUAAACGGCGAAGAGUGAGACAUAAACUGCCGCAGUCACGUGACUUGUUGCAGGUCGCCCAGCUUCCUGCCAGGAUGAGCGGGGCGGCACUGGGCUUGGAGAUUGUGGUGGUCUUCUUCCUGGCGCUCUUCCUGCUACACCGCUAUGGAGACUUUGGCAAACAACAGCGCAUGGUUCUGUUCGGGACGCUGCUGGCGUGGUACCUGUGCUUCCUCAUCGUCUUCAUCCUCCCGCUGGACGUCACCACGACCAUCUACAAGCAGUGCAAGAUGGACCACGAGGCGCACGGCACGGACCCGGCCCUUGUCAAUCAGACCGCAGGAAACACUUCUGUGACUCCCACUCAGAGCGUGCGUGCAGCGUGCUACAAGCCUUGGAGUUACAUACCCGACGGAAUCAUGCCCGUCUUCUGGAGGGUGGUCUACUGGACUUCCCAGUGCCUCACGUGGCUGUUGCUUCCCUUCAUGCAGUCGUACGCUCGCUCCGGUGGCUUCUCCAUCGGCGGGAAGAUGAAAACGGCUCUUAUCGAGAACGCCAUAUACUACGGAACCUACCUGCUCAUCUUCGGUUCCUUGCUCAUCUACGUGGCCGUUCACCCCGAGUGGCGCCUGUCUUGGUACGAGUUGCAGACCAUCGGCAUCACGGCGGCCAACACGUGGGGUCUGUUCCUGCUGGUCCUGCUGCUUGGAUACGGCCUGGUGGAAAUCCCCCGCUCCUACUGGGAGGCCUCCAGACACGGACACCUGCUGCUCAAGACCUACUUCAAGGCAUCCAAGCUGAUGACGGAGAAGGCGGACGCCGAGGAGAAUCUGGAGGACGUCAUGGAGGAGGUGAGGAAAGUCAGCGAGGCCAUCAAGUACAACCAUCCGCUGAGGACGUGCAUCGACACCAUCCUCAGGAAGUGCCCGCUGGAGUACCAGGAGAAAAUGGGUCGCAACAUGGACGACUACGAGGACUUUGACGACAAGCAGACGUUUCCCAGCGAGAAAAGUCUGGUCAAGCUUCACAAGCAGGUGAUCUACGCGGUGCAGAGACACAACAGGACCCGGGUCCAGUGGCAGAUCCUCUUGCAGCAGGCCUUCCACCUGGAGGAUGUGGCCAAGAACGAGACCGGCUCCACGCGCCAGUUCGUGCACAGCUUCCCGCACUCGCAGCCCGCCGGGUGGUUCUGCAGAUACGUGUACACGCCGACCGUAGAGUGGUACUGGGAGUGUCUCCUCAAGCGCUGCUUCUACCGCCUGCUGGCACUGGUCCUGAGCCUCUUCAGCAUGGCUGUGGUCUGGUCCGAAUGUACUUUCUUCAGCACCAAGCCGGUCCUGUCGCUGUUCGCCGUCUUCAUCCAGCUGGCCGAGCGGGACUACAACUACGUAUACAUCCAGGUGGCGUGCUUCAUCACCAUCUUCUUCCUGUGCACCUGCGUUUACUCCACCGUCUUCCGUAUCCGGGUCUUCAACUACUACUACCUGGCGUCGCACCACCAGACGGACGCCUACAGCCUGCAGUUCAGCGGCAUGCUCUUUUGUCGCCUCACGCCGCCGCUGUGUCUCAACUUCCUGGGUCUCAUCCACAUGGACGCGGCCAUCUCGCACCAGCAGAAGGAGCAGACGGCCUACACCUCGAUCAUGGGCUCCAUGCGCGUGCUGUCCUUUGUGGCCAACGGCUUCUACAUCUACUACCCCAUGUUAAUCGUCCUCCUGUGCAUCGCCACUUACUUCAGUUUGGGGACGCGCUGUCUGAACCUUCUGGGCUUCCAGCAAUUCAUGGGCGACUGCGAAAUGACCUCUGACCUGAUGGAGGAGGGCAAGGAGCUGAUUCGCCGCGAGAAACGAAAGCGCCAAAGGACGGAGGAUGGCGAGAACCGGCGGCGAGACUGGAAGCAGCGCUAUGGCAACCAGAGGGAGGAGCCAAUGGCGAGGAGCAGGGCCGUGCACGACGCCAAGGAGAGCGACGCCAAUGACAGACAAGUCAAGUAUUCGCGCUCCUCGCGACUCCCGGAGCGCGAUCAGGUGGAGUUGCUCCAGGACGCCGAGCCUCUGGACUUCAACGCCGAUUCCCUGUCGGAGGAAGCGGCGGACUCGGAGUCUGGCAGACACGCGGGAGGACGCUACCUGUCCAUGUCGUCGUCUCGCAGCCGGAUAUUUGACGACGUCUAACGGGGAAACACGUCUCCCAUCCCGGACUUCACGUGUGUGUUCUUCACAUGUCCCCUCGGCGGAGCGCAGGGACGCCUGGUGAUGGAGCAUGGCUAUCGUGGCGUGUUUGCGAAGGUCGUCACUUUGCCCACCAGAGGGCAGCACCGACUAGACAGUAAAUAUGCGCUCUGCUGCUCCCUCUUGUCUUUAAGUGUAGCUUGAAUGAAUGUGGCAUAUUUAUACUUCCUGUCUGUCAUUAAACGUUCUGACAACGUU